AUGUGUCGAAAAAUUUUGUGGUACUAUAUUCUCAUAUUGACAAUACUGGAUACUUCGCUGAAAAAAAAAUUGACAGCCCAGGGAAAGAGCAAUGGUGUCCCAUUACAUCAUUCCGUUAUAGAGGGAAUAAACUUUCAGGAAUGGGGCAGCGAGCCGGAGAUCGGGGGGUCCCCGCCGGAGGGCGUCUCGCUGGAGCCGGCGGCGCUGCAGUUCGGCGCGGCCGCGCUGGCCACGCCACACGUGCGCCUCGUCACCAUCACCAACACCGGCAACGGCACGCUGCACCUCGCCUCGCUCGCCGGCACCACGCCGGACUUCCACGCCUCCUUCUUCGAAUCAAAGUCGCUGGCGCCUCGUGCGAACACAACAUUCAGCGUGGUGUACCUGGGACGUCGUGAGGGCCCCGCCAGCGCCCACCUCUACAUACAAACCUCAGUCGGCAUGCACAAAUACCCGGUGUCCGCGGUGGGCGUGGCCAGCGAGUACGACGUGUGGCCGCUGGUGGGGGUGCGCGUGCCCGCCAACGCGUCCGUGGAGCCGAUGCUCACCCUGUACAACCCCACCGACACCACCAUACAGGUGCGCGAGGUGUACUCGUCGGGCGCGUGGCUGCGGCUGCGGCUGCCGGGCGGCGGGCGCAGUGCGGCGCGCGCCGCGUGGGCUGUGCCGCCGCGGGCCGCGCGCGACAUCGUGCGGCUGCGGCUGGCGCCCGAGGGCGGCGCCGCGCCGCGCCCGCUCACGGCCUACGUGCGCCUCAAGGCCGACGUGCCGGGCGGCGCGCUCGUCGUGGCCGUGGAGGCGCUCGCGGCCGCCGCGGGCGAGCACGCCGCGCCGCUGCAGCUGCGGCUGCGCGCGCGCGGCAGUCGCGACCCGCCGCUCACGGUACGCGCCCUCUUUGAAACGUACUCCGUAUAUGUUCUACGCAGUGGCCAUUUCGAUGAGCGGCAA